AUGAACGAUCCAGUCAUUGUAGACUAUAGGAAAGUGUUUGAGGAUAACCCAAAGAAAUCAGAGGAUCAUGGAAACACAAUAGACCUCAGCAAGGAAAGUCAAUUCGAUCAAAUAAUUGCCAAAAAUCCUAUUGUUGUUGUAGAUUACUAUGCAACAUGGUGUGGGCCUUGUAUGAUGCUUGCUCCAGCAAUGGCUCAAUUGUCAAUGGAUUACCCUACUGUAAAGAUUGUAAAGAUUGAUGUAGAUAAAUUUCCAACUUUGGCCCAAAGAGGUAAAGUGAGAGCAAUGCCAACAAUUGUCUAUUACUACAAGCAGAAAGAAGUUAAACGACAUGAAGGAGGAUCAAAAGGAAGUAUUGAUGCAAGCAUUGCUACUCUCUUAGCAAAGAAGUGA